UAGCACCCUAAAAAUAGAGAGAUGCACAACAGAACUCAAACACCUCCCGUCCUCUUCAUCCUCUCCAGCAGUGAAAUCUCCACAAGGUACAACCAUGAGUCUGAGGAGCAAGCGUAACAGCCGUGCAGGACUACGCACAUCCGCAGGGGGCUUCAGCAGCAUGUCCGUAGGAUCCUACUCCAUCCCCAAAAUCAGUACUGGAGCUACCCACGCACCCCCAAUUACAGCCGUGACUGUCAACAAGAGCUUGCUCACCCCACUGAACAUAGAUAUCGACCCCAACGUGCAAAUUGUUCGCAACCAGGAGAAAGAACAGAUCAAGAGUCUCAACAACCGUUUUGUCUCAUUCAUUGAUAAGGUGAGAUACUUGGAGCAGCAGAACAAAAUGCUUGAAACCAAGUGGAAAGUGCUGCAGGGACAGACUGCCUCAGCCUCUAACGUUGAGCCAAUGCUGAAGUCGUACAUCGCCAACCUGCAAAAACAGCUGGAGUUUCUCAACAAUGACAAACACAGACUUGACAUGGAGAACAGUGUCAUGCACAAACAUGUGGACGACUACAAAACAAAAUACGAGUGUGAGUUUAACAAGAGGAACGAUUCAGAGAAUGAGUUUGUCAUGCUCAAGAAGGAUGUGGAUGCAGGCUAUGUGUCCAAGACGGAUCUGGAUGACAGUGUGUGUUUACUCACUGAUGAAGUGAACUUCCUCAAAUCCCUGUAUGAUGCUGAGCUGCAUGACCUGCAAGAAAGCAUGAAGGAGACCUCUGUGGUGGUGCAAAUGGACAACUCCCGUGGCCUGAACAUGGAUCAGAUUGUGGCUGAUGUUAAGUCUCAGUAUGAGGAAAUUGCCGCCCGUAGCCGCGAAGAAGCUGAAAGCCUGCACAAGAACAAGUUUGACCAGAUGACUGCUGAGGCAGACCAGUAUGGUAAUGAGCUCCGUACCGCCAAGGGGGAAAUAUCUGAGCUCAAAAGAAUGAUUGCACGCCUGCAGAAUGAGAUCCAAUCUGCACAGGCACAGCGUACCAACCUUGAGGGCCAGAUAGCCGACGCAGAGCAACGCGGGGAGGGGGCUGUGCAGGAUGCCAAGGCUCGUAUCAGGGACCUGGAACUGGCUCUGCAGAGGGCCAAACAGGACAUGGCUUGCCAGCUCAGGGAGUACCAGGAGCUCAUGAAUGUGAAGCUGGGACUGGACAUAGAGAUCUCAACCUACAGCAAACUGCUGGAAGGAGAGGAGGAAAGGCUUGGACAGGAGUCAAUUCUCAACAUCCAAACAGUGCCAAACAAAACUGUCCCCAAAGAACAGCAACGAAGGUCAAGUGCAGUUUUCAUCAAGACAGUGGAAACCCGUAACAGAUUAUAUUCAAGCUCAAAUUAGAAAAGGAAAACCCUGCAGUAAUUGAGUAAUUGCUGGAUUGCUAUAGUAAUUCAGCUCCAUAACAUACAAUGAGCCAUCUGCACCCAUGAGCCAAAUGUAUGUGUUGUGUGUUUAUUUCUCCUCUGCUUGUGUUUGAUGUCACAUUAAUUACCACUGUCUAUGUUUAAAAUAAAGAAGGACUCAGCUGUGUGA